UCAUUUCAUUUGAUUCUUUUCUUGAUAACGGUUAUUUUUGCUGCAUUUUUCGGUGCGUUGUUCUUUUUCGAAUUAAACAUCCAAAAUGUUCAACGUGAUUUUGAAAUAUUCAAUCAAAUGGAACCAAUACAUUUUAUUAGCUGUGAUAAUCUUCAUAUUAAAAAUCAUCUGACCAAAAUGAUUAAUAGCCAAAUUCAUUUGAUUUCAAAGUUGGAAACGAAUAGAAAAUUUAUAAAUCAAUUGGAAAUUGACAAUCAAUUGAAUUCAUUGCUCGAAGUAAUUAUCAAAAAUCAUAUCCAUCCAUGGUCGCAAACGAUUUCACCAAUAAAUGAAGAAUUAUCAACAAAACUUUAUAUUCUUUUUCAUCAGAUUUUGAUCAAUUUGAUAGGCAGAUUACGACAAGUAAAUGUAGCCGAUUUGAUUAUCAACAAAUUGGUCGAUGAAAUAACUAAACAUAAACGAUUAUAUCGAAUGACAAAAACACAAUUAGAAUAUAAAAUACAUACCGAACAGGAGCUUAUUCAAAUGUUUUUCAAUAUUGAAAGAAAAUCGGAAAAAAAUUCAUUUUCACAUGAAAAAAUUUGUCAACAAUGGUCGGAACGUUUUCAAUUUUUAUCACAAAUUUGUGAUAUUUUUCAAUAUGCACUUUAUCCACGUGAAUCAUUUGCUAAUCAAACAUUUCGUAUGUUGACCAAACAGAUUUUGAUGAAAUUUCUAUUGAUACCAUUGAUCGAAUCAUUUUCUGAACCUGAUUUCAUCAACAGUAUUAUUAUAUCAUUUUUGAAAUCAAAUUGUCCGACAACCGAAACAUUCAUAUUGGUACUUCAAUCAACCGAUGAUGUUCAUGAACUUAAUGCUGUUUUACAAAGUGUAGAUGAAGAAAUUCUGUUGAUGCGUUCAAAAGAUCAGGAUGAUGAUGAAGGGAGAAUGAAACAACAAUUGAAUAGUUUACUUUAUCUGAAAAAGAUUAUUUUGUCGCAUUUGAAAAAAUUUGAUGAUAAUUCAUUACCGUCGGAUAAUGAUAAUGAUGAAAAACAAAAAAAUGAAUCAUCAUCACGAAUAACAAUAUCAUUCGAUACAAUUCUUCGACAUAAUAUUGCACUUGAAUAUUUUAUCGAAUAUAUGACAUCAAUAAAUUCCGAAGCAUAUAUUAAUUUCUAUAUAAAUGUACAAACAUUUAAGAUUAGUAUUGAACAAGGAUUGUUUGAAAUUUACCUAACAUCAGUAAAUGAUUCGGUAACCAAUGAACAAUAUCAACAGCUACAAAAUGAUGUUCGUAUUACAGCAUUGAAUAUAUAUGAAACAUAUCUUUCACAAACGGAAAAUUCUACCCAAUCACAAUCACAACAAUCAAGUCUGCUUAAUUUAGUUGAUCGAAAUCUUUGUAAUCAAUUAUAUCAAACAUUAAUGUCUGAUGAUUCAUCACAAUGGAUGAACGAUACAUUAUUUGAUGAUAUUUUCUUUCAAGUUCGUGAUUUAUUACUUCAUCAUCGGGAUUUUUUCCCUGCUUUUUGUCAAAGUAAAUAUUAUAGAAAAUUAUUAGGUGAACCGGAUUUAUUACGUGAUAGUUUGGAUGAUGAAUCAAAUAAUGAACAUCGAAAACAAAAUAAUCGAACAAUAUCGAAUGAAAAUUCAUUCGAUAUCGAUAUAAUCGAUACUGGUAUAUUAAAUUUACAAGGUAAAUCAUUUAUUGGUUAUCUAAUAAAUGUUGAACGUAUGAAUGGUGAAUCGUGGACAAUAUUGCGAAGAUAUUCGGAAUUUUUUCGAUUUCAUCAAACAUUGGUAAACAAAUGUGAUCGUUAUCAUAUGAAUAUACGAACUAUAUUAUUUCUUCCACCAAAAACUGUAUUAAGUAAUCGAAUGAAUGAAAAUUUCAUUCAAUAUCGACGUUAUAUGUUGAAUGUUUAUCUAAAAAAAUUGAAUUAUAUUUAUGGAAAAUUUCAAUUUUUACGUGAUGAUAUUGAACAUUUUAUACAUCCAGGUAAUUAUGAUACAAAUUAUUCAUCAUCAUCAUCAUCAUCAUCAUCAACAUCGGUAACAUCAACUACAGCAAAAAAUCUAUUAAAUCCAAUCAAAACAAUUGGUAAUGUUUUUCGUAAUCAAUCGGAAAAUUUAUUGGAUAGUUUUCAACGACUUGGUCGAACAUUAUCAUCACAAAAUGAUUUGAAUCGAACUGCUCAGCAACCACAAUCGGAAACAAAUUCAUUUGGUUCGAAAAAAAGUGAUAGUUCAAUUGAUCUUGGAUCAAUGUUUGAUUUGUUCAAUGAUCAAAAUGAUAAUGAGAAAAUCAAUGGCCAAAAUGAUGAUGAAGAAAAUAUACCAUUAUUAUUAUUAUUGGAUGAAGUAUUUGGUUUGAAAAGUCAACAUUUUUGGCUUCGUCGUCAGAUAAUCGAAUUGUUUAAACAAAUUGUUGAAGUAGCAUUUUCCGAUACAAUCAACAAGAAAAUGAUUGAUCAUAUUAAUGAAUCAACUUCUAUUGCUAAUAUUUGUCUUUAUAUUGAUUCAUUCAAGAAUCUUUUCUGGCCUGAUGGAAUCCUGGCUCCAUCGCUGAUAAGAAAAAAAGAAAAUCGUCUUCGACGUAAAGUUGCUGCCAAAGCAUUGAUUAUGACAUUUCUGUCAGAUCUUCGACGUGUAGUUGGUGCCGAUACAUUACAAUCAGGUUUAAUGUCAUUAUUUGAAUUAUUUCAAAAUAAAACAUUGAAUCUGCGAUUGAUUUUUGUUCUAUUCGAAUUGAUACUCAAAGAAUUAUUACCUGAUUGUGAUUGGGAUAAAAUUUUUAUACGUUUAUAUAGCUCAUUUGAUGAUGAUGAUGAUGGUGAUCAUUCUUCAAUGGAUUAUAAAUGGCCACCAUAUUUACAGAAAAUGUCUUUAUAA